AUGUCUCGUGAUAAAUUCCAGGAGAGUUUGUCAUUUCUUGAGAACCUUGUUCUUAGGGAGUCAACGCAGGGAGGGAGUACUACGGGUGGAACUCCUCCUAACCCCGACUUCUCUACUGCUUCAUCCUUGGAAGGGGAAUCUUCCUCUUCAACGAAUGCUUCCACGUCCUCCGAUGAGGACUCUUCCUCUCCAACGCCUCACUCCGUUAAAUCCUCAGCAUCUGCCUCAUAUUCUUCUUCCUCGAGCUCCUCUUCAAGUGAUAAUGAUGCGUAA